UUAUGUAUUGAGUUUCUUAUAUAAGAGAAACUUAUUUUCUAUUUUCUAGUUUGGGUGGUAGGGAGAAAGAGUUGAUCCUGCCUGGGAAUUUCCCCGACGACGUCUCUUAGUACUUGAAACAGUUUAAAGAGUGAUUAGAUUUUCCCUUAGAGCCUUGUAGCCUGUGGGGGAACGAAAGAGGCGGGAGGCCCCUCCUGCAGCAUUUGGGAGGCAGAGUCCCUCCUCCGCAGGCCCAGGCUGCAGUGUUGCUGGGAGGCUGCGUCCGGCGGGACACUCGGCAGCAUGAUGGUCACUUCUCCGGUAGACAUGGAGUGCCGGUGAGGGUGCAGCCUGGCCUAGGCACAGGAGGACAGUGGGGCCCAGGGCAAGGCCAGGGGAGCAACCAGCUGCACUGCAGAACCCCAGAACGGCAGCUGCUCUUGUUUAAUGAGGGGCAUGGUCCUUCCCUGUGAGAAAGAAUUGUUUAAAAGCCAUUUUCCCUUCUGCAUUAGAAAGCAGUGAGCUCUCAAGGCAGGAAAGGACAGAGUGACCCUUAAAUGUGUCUUGCUGAGUGAUGGAAGCCAGUCUGAAGGGCUGCGGGCAGUGACCAGCUCCGAGACAAAGCCUUUCCGCACAGCGGGGUGGGCAGGGGAGCGAGGCGUGGAGAAGGUGGACAUGCACACCUCUGCAGCCGUCCAUGCCAUGGACAACACAGCGUGAGCCUGGUGUGGAUCAGCAACUUGGGGCAGUGCUGGGUUCACAGCUGUCACCCAGUCACCCUUGGGUGACCGUGACGGGGCAGAACCUGACACUUGAUUUUCUGCACAAUUUCUCUGUCAACCUGAAGCUGCAUAGAAACUGGGCCCAGGGAUUUAGCUCAGUGGUUCUGCGCCUACCUCACAAGCUCACGGUCUUGAGUUCAAUCUCCGGUACAAAAAAAAGAAAAGAAAAUAUAGUUCAUCGAUUCUGUGAGAGGAAGGGGGCCUGGGAGGCUGGCGGGACACUGGAUCUGCUACUCGGCCUGGGUCCCACAGGCCUGGGCGUGAUGGCCCGGGCAGCCUGCAUGUGGACACGGACGCUGCUGCUGCUGCUCUGGGCGGCACUCGGGCCAGAGGCCUGGAACAAGGUGAGUGCCAGCUGUGCCCACCCUGCUGGGGGGGGUUCACGGGGUGUGACCUGGCCAUUUGCUCUGCCAUGGUGGACGUACCUGGUACCUGCUCCCACGGCUUCCUCAAGCCCACUCGUCCCCAUUGCCCAGGGGCUGCAGGACCAGGCAAAAGGUUCCUUUCCUUGAUGGCUUCCCACACCUGCGUCUUGCUGACCCAGUGCCUCAGGCCUCCUUCCUCUCUGUCCCUUCCCCGCCUGCCCUGGCCGCAGUCUCUCCAGUAAAGCCCAGCUUCAGCCCCAGUCAAUGGGAUCUUUUUUCCCCACAGUGAUCUCUGCUCCAGCUCCUAGUUAGCUGUGUGACCCUGGACUAGUUAUGCAGCCUCUCUUAGCCUCAGUUGCUUCCCCUGUAAUGUGCCAGGUGCAGGGGUGCAGAGCGAGGUGCUGCCAGCUCCAGCAGCAGCCCUUCCUGUCCAUGUUCCUUGCCCCAUACUCCCUCCCUCCAGCCUCUGCCUCUAUUCCCCUCUGUGCCUGGUUCGAGCCACUGCUCUGGCCCCUCCACCUUCUCUGUUCCCAGCCUUCAUGCUGGGUUCUGAGCUGGGCUCCGUGGCUGGGCGGGGGAGGUGGCAGUGCUGCUUUGGCGACCCUGUGUUCCAGGGGAUGGGGGAGCCCUGCGAGGAGCACCAGGAGUGCCGGAGUGGCUGCUGUGUUCCCAACAGCUUGAACCCCCAGCGGUUCUGCACUGCUCAGACCUUCUUCCUACACUGCUCACCGUGGCACAAGGCCAAUGGCUACCAGUGCCUCUUCCACUGGGAGUGUCAGAGCAACUGCUGCAUCCAGAUUGGGCAUGGCUCAAUGAGGGCCUGCACAGCCAAGACUAUCUUCCUGCAGUGUGUGCCCUGGCGAAAGCUCAAAGGAGACCUCUGCAGGAGCCACCAAGAGUGCCUGAGCCAGUGCUGCAUCCAACAGGUGGACUCCGGGCCCCGUCGCUGCAUCCCCUGCAGCAGGGUCUUGGCCCAGUGCGUACCCCUGUGAGUCCCUUGCGGGUAGCAGGCAGGAGUGACAAGCAGGUGAUGUUCAAACCAGGAGAGGCAAGGCUGCAGGGCCAAAGCCGCCAUGUGUGCUGAGUGUCAGUGUCCACACAUGACAUGGGGACCCAUGGGCCCCAGAGUAGUGGGCACUGAGGGGGGAAGAGUGAAGCUUCCCAGCCAGGCACUGUGGGUCGAGAUGGCCAUGGAGGGCAAUGUGGGGUCCCUUGGGGACCAGGGACAGAGCGUGAGGUGGGAAGGCCAAGGCAGGGUGUGGGUGAGGGCCAGGAGAACCUGAUACACGCCUAUGAGGAUGUCUGUCUCUGUCUCCGUGGG